UUCUGUGUUGCACGGUGUGCGGCCUACGUGACUCAGAAGCAAUUAUCAAUGGCGCAACACAUACGGAGUUCAGUGACCAAUUUCUGCAGCAGCCAAACGAAAACACACCCCUAGACUCGGAAUCAGACGGCGUCUAACGUUUAACUGAUAAAGAAGUUGAACGAUCAAAUAAUAAGCCGAACAAAGUGUUUUUCAUUAAACAAUUCGUGUAAAUUAAGCAAAUAACACGGCACCAUGUUGGACGUGAUCCAACCGAGUAACAACCACCAAGCCAGCGACAACAACAACGAUGUGGUGGUGGUCCGAGCCAGGCCCAAGAAGGUCUUCAAACCAAAGGCCAGAAUCAAUCGAAUUCCACAGGAGCUGCUCGAUGAUCCGCUACUGCAGCAGGCCAUCGAUCGGCUGCCCUCCAACUACAACUUUGAACUGCACAAGACCAUCUGGCGGAUACGGGAGAUGAAGGCCAAGCGAGUGGCCUUGCAGCUGCCGGAGGGACUGCUAAUGUACGCCAUGGUUAUCAGCGAUAUUGUGGAGCGAUUCACCAGCGCCGAUACCGUCAUCAUGGGCGAUGUGACUUACGGAGCUUGUUGCGUUGACGACUACACAGCCAAGGCCCUAGGAGCAGAUCUUCUGGUGCAUUACGGCCACAGUUGCCUCAUUCCCGUGGACCAAACGUGCGGUAUCAAAGUGCUUUACAUCUUUGUUGACAUCAAGAUCGAUCCGCUGCACUUCCUGGACUCAGUCAAACUGAAUUUCCGUCCGGAUGUUGGUCAAAUAGCCUUGGUGAGCACAAUACAGUUUGUGACCACGCUGCAGGCUGCAUCAACGGAGCUAAAGGCAGCCGGCUACGAUGUGAUAGUGCCUCAGGCCAAGCCGCUGAGUCCGGGUGAGAUCCUCGGCUGCACCUCGCCGCAGCUGCCGGAGGCAACCAAAAUGAUAAUCUACCUGGGAGACGGGCGUUUCCACCUGGAAUCCGCCAUGAUUGCGAAUCCGCUGCUGAAGGCCUACAAGUACGACCCUUAUGAAAAGAAGUUCACCAUUGAGGAGUACGACCACAUGGCCAUGCAGAACCUUCGUCUGGACGCUGUGCAGCGCGCAAAGAAAGCCCGUCGCAUCGGCAUCAUACUGGGCACACUUGGGAGACAGGGCAGUGCCAGAGUGCAUCGUUUUCUGGAGAAGAGGCUGCAUGCCAAGGGCAUUGAGACGACGACUCUACUGCUGUCGGAGAUCUUCCCCCAGAAACUGGCCUUAUUCGCGGACAUUGACGCCUUCGUGCAGAUCGCCUGCCCGCGACUUUCGAUCGACUGGGGAUCAGCCUUCAGCCAGCCGCUUCUGAAUCCGUACGAGCUGUCUGUGGUCUUGGGAGAUGUCGAGUGGACGCCACACAAUUCGUCGCCGCGCAACAAUGCCUAUCCGAUGGACUUCUAUGCCAGCGGCAGCCUGGGACCCUGGACGCCCAACUUCAAGCCGCCGGCGCUGGGCGAGUGUGAGAACAAGCCUUCAGCUGAUUGCUGCGGCCGCUGCACACGCGCCGAACUGGAGAAAGAUGAUUCUGGGAAGGCAGCGGCCAUAGCCGAUCUUCUUGACUACAAAAAGGGAUAAUCGUUUAAUGAUGGCCGCAUUCUUAGCUCCCCACAAGAGCCCUCCAUCUCAAGCGAUCGGUCCAGGUCGUCUGCCCAAAAAUAAUGCUUACCUACUAAUUUAGUUAGUACAAAUUUGUUGUUUGUAAGUUCUAUCAUUUAGGUCGUCAUCACUUGUGUUCAUCACAGAUACGUUUACAACUUUAUGUUCGCAAAGGCAUUCUUUAGUUAAGUUGGUAGUUUUAUUUACAGAGAUGCAAUUGUUAUAGUAACAGCAACAAUGUACACUAUUUGUAACAUUAAAAAGGAUGUUUAAAACAAA